AUAACUGAUGACAUCAGAGCUACAAUAGUGGACCAUGUCAUCAACCAUGGGAUGACCCUGAGGGAAGCUGGCCAACGGGUUCAGCCUAAACUGAGCCACUACACUGUGGCAGGCAUCAUUAGGACAUUUCGAAAUGAGAAUCGAAUUGCUAGACGUCCAGAUGUUGGGGGCAGAGGCAGAAUGUUCACUCCAGAGCAAGAGACCCAUAUAGUGAACAUGGUGAUUGCCAAUAAUGCAAUAAGACUGCGCGAAAUACAGCAGCGCAUAAUUGAUAAUGACACCAUCUUUCAAAAUAUACACAGUGCAAGCAUUUCUGCACUGAGUCGUGUACUUGCGCGCCACAGAAUAAGAAUGAAGCAAAUUCCUUUCGAGAGAAACACAGAACGUGUAAAGCAACUGCGAUAUGACUAUGUGCAGAGAGUGAUGGAACUAGAAGCAGAUGCAAUGGGACAUGAGCUACUUUUUGUGGAUGAGGCCGGUUUCAACCUCAGUAAAACCAGGAGACGUGGCAGGAACAUUAUUGGACACCGUGCCAUCAUCAAUGUCCCAGGACAACGUGGUGGUAACAUAACCAUGUGUGCAGCUAUAAGCCAAAAUGGUGUUGUUCACCAUCAUAGACCAGAGCAGACCCGAUAUGUCAUCAUAUGGGACAAUGUUAGUUUCCAUAGGGCUGCUUUGGUCUGCAACUGGUUUACAGACCACCCAUCCUUCAUGGCACUCAACCUCCCUCCAUACUCUCCAUUCUUAAAUCCCAUCGAGGAGUUCUUCUCUGCCUGGUACUGGAAAGUGUACGACCGUCAUCCUCAUCAACAGGCUUUUACAGGCAAUGGAGGAGGCAUGUGGAGAUAUUGA